AUGGGUUGUGAAUUGGAUCUAGCGGGGGAUGGUGGGUACCAGGUUUGUAAAGGGAACUGUGGCAGAUUGGUGCGUGUUGGGGUGUGGUCUACCAUGGGCAAGUUACAGGUGGGGAUGAAGUUCAACUUGAGGGUGGCGUGGGCAGCGUGGGAAAGAUUGGGGGAGAUGGUGCUUGUAGGGAAGAAGAUCGGGGCUGUGGUGAAAAGGAUGGGGGCUGCGAAUUUAAUUUCUUACUAA